CCGGUUUUGUUGCUUUUCAUAAGCUAGAAAGGCACCGAGGCGGCUUCAGUCUACUUCACUGAAGUUUAACUACAAAUAACUGCAUUUCUCGAAAUGGUUGUACUGAACAGGAACGCCAGCAAUGAAGAACACGAUAUAAUUCUGAUAGAAGAGCGCUGCUCUUCGUUGCCUAGCUCUCCUGCUAAACGGGUAUCUCCAGCCAAAAGGAAGCAGUUCUUCAUCAGCCAGGCCAUACGCAAUUCUGACCUUAUACCCAAAGCCAAGGGGAAAAAAAGUUUGAGAAGACAGGAGAAUACUCGCUACCUGGACAAUCUCCUGGAGCGGGACGAGUGCUCCAAAGAUGAGACGGAAGCGCGCGAGACGGCCUCAGCGACGGUUUUUACCGAAGCGUGGACAAAUGGAAACUAUAUGAAGUACUGGAGUGACUUCAUGAACCGCUCAGGAGAGGAGCAGGAGAGAGUGUUGGCCCAGCUGGAGCAGGAAACACCAAGACAGAUGAAUCCCUCCUUCACCGCUCAGGCAUGCUUCCAAAGAAUUGAUCGGAAGCUGCGUGCAACACUGAAACGCAAACACGUUCCCAAGACGACUCUGGAGAUCCUGGAAAGUGAUCUGCUGACGUUUUUUGAAGCUCAUCCACAAUCUACAUACGUUGCAGAACUUAGCAGCAGUUUUGAGAGACUGCUGCUUCACGCCAUCUGUCAGUACAUGGACCUCGCCUCAGCAAGCACCGACUGUAACGGCGCACGACAGACAAAGGUUGUCAACAAGCAAGGGGAGUUCCUUCCUCCUUCACCGUUGCUCUCGGCAUAUUUGGGUCAGAAGAGCUGAGAGAAAGGAGCGUAUUCCUGCACUGCCGCCUAAACCAGCCAGUAUGACCCGUAGAAGCAGCUUUAAAUAAUCCGCCUGAGUUCAGCUACAAAAUAAAGGCUUUGUUUUAGAAAGUGUGUCUUUCAGAAAGUAAGCUCUGUAAUAAGCUCAUGUACUGGUUACUUUUUCUUUCCAUAGACUUCAACUAGACCUUCAAUAGAGCACAAAAACAGUAAGUUUGCAUUAAAGCCCCAGCAGAUGUACUGUUUGGACUUAUAGGGCUUUUUAUAGGUGCUAGCAGUAAAUUUGAUAUAAAAAAAAUCAAUGAUGAUGAAAUGAUUUUCUUGGUACUUUUUAACAACAUAAGCUUUAUUUGUUUGUUACACAGUUUAGGUGCAAAGAUUUUUGUUUGGUUAUGAUACUUUGUGUAAAUCUCGCAUGAUUAGAACAACUUAAAUGUUUUAGCAAACUCAUUGGGCAUAGCAUCUCGAUUUAGCUCUUUGUGCAACAGUGACUCAGCGGAAAGAUUUUUCCGGGUAUCAGUUGUACCUUCUUAUUAUUGCGUGUCAGAUUUUUCAAGAUUGUACAAGGAAUUAUUGUUCAGACGUAUUGUUCAUGAUUCAGAUGUAUUGAGGCCGGACACAUGGAAAUGUGUUGGGAAAUCCUUUGGCCGUACUGAUUUUUUUUAAUGGAUAAUAACAUUUGGUCAAUAAUAUGUGCAGUGCUUGCAGUUUUUUCUUUUUACUCACUGUCCAGACCAUAUAUCAAUGGAUAACUGCCAUUUUAAAACGCUUUAAUAAUUAUCUUCUAAUUAUGCUCACAUUUCUUAUGAAAUGAUGUACAGUAGAAAUAGUAUUGACUUCUCCUUAAACAAAAACCGUGCCGUAUGUUGUGAUUUGUACAGUCUUUGUUUUAAUUAUGAUGGCGAGUUAAGAAUCCUCCAUCACUUCACACAACAGUUUACAGCGCAGAAAUUCGAAUACGAUUCGUCGUACGAUACUGAUCAUGGUGUAGGUCAUCAAUGUUAUAUUCACAUUAAGGAAGCCUCCAAGGCGUGUGGCCUCAGUGGACGUACGUUACUCGUUAACAUUAUUUUCACCUAUUGUCGACGUCAUGAAAUUGCCAAAAUCCAAAACCAACUUGCACUUCCAACUAUGCCUUAGACACGCAUGGGUGUUUGUCAGCGAUUAGUUGUCUUUUUUUUCUCACGUUAGAGCAACGAUCGCUGUAGUUUACACUGGGAGAAAAGUAUCAUCAGAGAUAUGACCAGUCAGGAGGUUGGUGUUGCAAACCAAAUUGUAUGUGUACAUUUCUCAUUUUCUCAGGCACCAAACCUCAUGAAUGUGAAUUUGUGUACACAUUGAACACUUUUUUUAAUUUUUUAUUUUUUUUUCUUCACAAAAGCCAGGUGUAUCAUACCUUUUAGGGCUUUUGUAGAGUAUCAACAACUUGUCUGCUUUUGUUAUUGUAUAUAUUACAUACUGUAAUAGGUCCAAAAGUCUGAAACUCUUUUUUUUUUUUCUUUUAAAAUUGUUGCAAUAGUUAAAACAACAAAAUAAAAAAGCGAUAAAUGUUAAAUACUUUGAAUAUGUAAUAUUCAAUAUUCUGCACUAUUUGUGGGUCUCUAUUUAAUAUAUAAGUGAUUUUGCGUGAAUUGUGCGUUCAGACUUUUGGACCCUGUCGUGUGUAGAGAUUCACAAUAAACCACAGGAUGCUUACAUGCGAGUCUCGGGUUGUGCGACCAAGUGGAAACUCCUGUUAAGAUGUUUUCGUAUUUAUAUAGCCGUUGUGUGAUGGGUUGCAAGCCAUGAAUGACUGUCUGAAUUUACAUUCAAAUAAAACAUUCAGUCAAUUCA